AUGGACGGGUAUUUCUGUUUUUCAGAUAAUAUUUCAUGGAUUCGUAUGGGCACAACUGUUGCGACGAAUGCGUUGCUCGAACGAAAAGGCGAACGCAUAGCAUUGCUGAUUACGAAAGGAUUCAAAGAUCUCUUGUACAUCGGCAACCAAACCCGUCCAAGAAUUUUUGAUUUCGACAUAAAAAUCCCAGGGGUUCUCUAUGAGGAGGUGGUGGAGGUGGAUGAGCGAGUGAUUCCAUCUGACGACAGCUGUGAACUGGGUAACAUUGGACGUGUGGAGGAGACGUUUUUCGGGAAAAAGGUGAUUGUGGAAAAAGAACCUAAUGAAGAUGAAGUCAGAGCGCUUCUGAAAGCUAUCAUGUCACAUGGAAUCAAGAGUGUUGCGGUAGCCUUCCUCCACUCUUUCAUCUAUCCUGCUCACGAGCUGAAGGUGAAGGAGAUUGCUCACGAGUUGGGUCUCAGAAACGUUUCUCUCUCCCAUGAGGUGAUGCCAAUGAUUAAAAUUGUCCCUAGAGGUUUCACAGUUGAGUUUACAGUAUGUGCUGAUGCCUACUUGACACCGAAGAUCAGGGAAUACAUCGACGGAUUUGAGUCUGGCUUCUCUGAUGGACUUGAUAGUGUGAGAGUUGAUUUCAUGCAGUCGGAUGGUGGUCUUUGCAGUGUUAAGAAGUUCUGCGGGUCAAAAGCCAUUCUAUCGGGACCUGCUGGUGGUGUAAUCGGUGUGGCUCUUACUGCUUAUGACCAAACAACCAAAAGUCCUGUGAUUGGAUUUGAUAUGGGAGGUACUUCUACUGAUUUGGACAUCAAUACCGUUGCAGCUGGCGGCGGAUCAAGGCUGUUCUUCGACAACGGGAUCUUUGUGGUUGGUCCGGAAAAGUGUUGGGUGCGGUUCAUCCUGGACAGUAUUGUUACCGCAAAGGGAGUGAGGAAUCUUGCGAUAACUGACGCAAAUCUUGUUUUGGGGCGAAUCAUGCCUGAGUUCUUUCCCAAGAUCUUUGGCCCAAACUCAGAUCAGCCUUUGGAUAGUGAAGCUACUUACUCUGCUAUGAAAGAGCUCACUGAACAAAUCAAUGAGCACAUUAAGAGGAACCCAGAUGCUAUACAAAAGGAGUACUCGGUUGAGGAGGCUGCCUUGGGUUUUGUAAAAGUUGCCAAUGAAGAAAUGUGUCGUCCAAUCAGAGCUAUCACACAGGCUCGAGGCUAUGAUACGUCAGCACACAUAUUAGCUUGUUUUGGAGGAGCCGGCGGACAACAUGCCUGUGCUGUCGCCCAGAGUCUUGGAAUCAGUACUGUUCUCAUUCAUAAAUAUGCGAGUCUCCUGUCCGCCUAUGGAAUUGCAUUAGCUAGAGUGGUGAGCGAGGUGCAGGAACCCGUAAACCUCGUGUUCUCGCCCGAAACUACACCCUUGUUCGCCGAACGACUAACUGCACUUUCGGAAAAGGCUACUAAUGAUCUCAAGGAACAGGGUUUCAGAGAAGUUCAUUGUGAACACUUCCUGCAUAUGCGUUUUGCUAAAACAGAUUGUGCCAUAAUGAUCAGUGCUGAAUACGAUCGCAGUAAUGUGGGCAUGUUGUGUAAUGGUUUAUUACGAGUUCGCGGAGUAGCCUCCUCUGGAAUUAAGUGCAAGGAGCAUAUUGCGAUGACUUCUGAUCCGAAUAGUGCUGUGCCAAUGGCUCAUACGAGGACCUUUUUUGAAGGUGGUUUUCAAGAAACUGCCGUCUACGACAUAUCAAAUCUGCUAGGCGGACAUCAAAUCAAGGGUCCAGCAAUGAUUAUUGACAAAAACAGUCAUUUCACAUCCUUGAUAGUGUCUGAAGUGGCAUUGCCAUUGCUGCGCUUUCACUUCGCUUUCUUGAUUAGCAUGCAGUGGACAAUAAUCCACGAUUUAGAUGGAUCCAAUACGACUUUCCAUUUUCUCAAAUCGGUUCAUGUCUAUAGCUGUGAGGCAAGCAUGGCACGGGUUCUUCAACGCACUGCUAUGUCUACUAACAUCAAGGAACGUCUCGAUUUCUCUUGUGCUCUGUUUGAUCCAGAGGGAGGAUUAAUAGCGAAUGCGCCACACAUCCCGGUUCAUUUGGGCGGAAUGCAGUAUGCUGUACGAUAUCAAAUCGAUCAUCUCGGGUUGGACGGAAUCCAUAAAGGCGAUGUAAUCCUAUCAAAUCACCCAAGAGCCGGCGGAAGCCAUCUACCAGACCUCACUAUUAUUACUCCGGUGUUCUUUGAAAAUAUAGCAAAACCCGUUUUCUAUCUGGCUAAUCGUGGGCAUCAUGCAGAUAUUGGUGGUAUUGUGCCGGGUAGUAUGCCACCAAACGCCACAUCUUUGGAACAAGAAGGAGCAACCUUCGUCUCGUUCAAAAUCGUUGAUAAAGGAGUUUUCCGAGAAGAUCUCCUCAAUGAGAAAUUGAGCAAGCCUGGAACCAUUCCUGGUUGCUCCGGUACUCGAAAUCUUGCUGACAAUAUUGCCGACCUAAAAGCACAGAUUGCUGCCAAUAAUAAGCAGCAAGGAAAGUGUGAGAGAAAUGCUCAAGGAAGUAAGAUAUUUGCAAUUUCACUAGAACUUCUAGACUUUCAUUUUGUCUGCACCUUCCUCUUUUUCGAGGUUGGUACCAAAGUUCUUGAGCGAACUGGAAGUUCACGUCUACAAGCCUCUGAUUCAAUGGAUGAUGGAACCGUUAUCCAGCUAAGCAUCACAAUUGAUAUAGAGAAGGGUGAAGCAUUGUUUGAUUUUACUGGCACGGGAAUGGAAGUGUACUCGUCAUGUAAUUGUCCCAGAGCUGUCACCAUGUCAGCAAUUAUUUAUUGCUUGAGAUGUCUUGUAGCAAAGGAUAUCCCAUUGAACAGCGGCUGUCUAAACCCCAUAACUAUCUCAAUUCCCGAAGGAACGUUGCUUUCACCUUCCGAAAACGCAGCUGUUGUGGGUGGCAAUGUUUUGACGAGUCAGCGGCUCUGUGAUGUUAUUUUUGGGGCAUUUGAAGCAGUAGCUGCCAGUCAGGGGUGUAUGAAUAAUGUGACCUUCGGUGACGAAACAAUGGGUUACUACGAGACGAUUGCUGGAGGUGCUGGAGCUGGAGAGGGAUUUGAUGGCAGAAGUGGUGUUCAUACACAUAUGACUAAUACGAGGAUAACAGAUCCGGAGAUUCUGGAGAGUAGGUAUCCAGUUAUUCUUCGCGAGUUCUCGCUUCGUGAAAACUCUGGAGGAAAUGGAAAAUGGCGUGGUGGAGAUGGCGUGAUUCGCUGCCUUCAGUUUAGACGACCCCUGUCUUUGGCUCUGCUCACUGAACGGCGGAUAUUCUUCACCUGCAGACACCUGGUGGAGGAGGUUAUGGUACAGUAUAAGCGGGCUAGUAUUUGUUGA